UGGGGGGGCUCCCCUUGUUGUUCGCGGGUCCCCGGGGAGCUGCGCGGCUGGUCCCCGCGCGGUUUCACCUUCCCCCUGGCGGCUCGGGUUCCCGGAUCCGCUUACGCCCGGCUCAGCUGUCGCCGGGAGGGACAGCCAGGGCGGGAGGCGCGAGACGCGGCGGACCCCGCGCGCCAUGGACAGCGCUGCGCCCCGCGAGCCCGGGGCCACCGAGCCCCCCGCCCGCGCGCGCCCGCGCCUGGUGUUCCGCACGCAGCUGGCGCACGGCAGCCCCACCGGCAGGAUCGAGGGCUUCACCAACGUCCGCGAGCUGUACGCCAAGAUCGCCGAGGCCUUCGGCAUCGCGCCCACCGAGAUCCUGUUUUGCACCCUCAAUAGUCACAAAGUGGACAUGCAGAAGUUGCUGGGGGGACAGAUCGGGCUGGAAGACUUCAUCUUUGCGCACGUGCGUGGAGAGACCAAAGAGGUGGAGGUCACCAAAACGGAGGACGCUCUAGGACUGACCAUCACAGACAACGGGGCGGGAUACGCCUUCAUCAAGAGAAUCAAGGAAGGCAGCAUCAUCAACAGGAUCGAGGCAGUGUGUGUGGGGGACAGCAUCGAGGCCAUCAACGACCACUCCAUCGUGGGCUGCCGACACUACGAGGUGGCCAAGAUGCUGCGCGAGCUGCCCAAGUCCCAGCCCUUCACCCUGCGCCUGGUGCAGCCGCGGAGAGCCUUCGAUAUGAUCGGCCAGAGGAGCAGGAGCAGCAAGUGUCCUGUGGAAGCCAAAGUGAGCAGCGGGAGGGAGACGCUGCGCCUGCGCGCUGGGGGCGCUGCCACCGUGGAGGAAGCGCCCAGCGACGUGGAGGCGGCGGCGGCGCGCCGCGUGGACGACCUGCUGGAGAGCUACAUGGGCAUCCGGGACCCCGAGCUGGGUAAGCGGCGCGGCGGCCGCCGUGGUGGAGACUGCGCGGAGCUCGGCGGGAGCCCAGGCCUUCGCGCGCGGCCUGGACGCGGUUCUGGGCGAGUUCGCCUUCCCGGACGAGUUCGUGGUGGAGGUGUGGGCGGCCAUCGGCGAGGCCCGCGACGCCUGUGGCUAGCGUGUGCGGGGGUCCGCAGCCCCGGGCCCAGCCCCCUGCCGCAGCGCCGCUCCAGAACCCAGGACAGCCCCGAGACCCGGCCCAGUUCUGGGACCCAGGCCCACCCCAAGGCCCAGCCCCGCUCUAGAACCAGACCCAGUUCCGUAACCCAGGUCAGGUCCGAGGCCCAGCCCAGGUCUGGCACCCAGGUCAGCUCUGAGACCCAGCUGGAACCCCAGCCGGACUCUGGAACCCAGUUCAAGCCCGUGGCCGGGUCCAGCUCUAGAAUCGAGCCCAGUUCUGUAACCCAGGCCCACCCUGAGGCCCAGCCCAGCUCUGAGGUCCAGCCAGAAUCCCAGCCCGGUUCUGGAACCCAGGUCGUCUCUGAGAUCCAGACAGACUGUAGAACCCAGUCUAGUCCUGGGACGCGGCCUGGUCCUAGAACCCAAGGCAACCCUGAAUUUCAGGUUGGCUCUAGAACACAGGGCAGCCCUGAGGCCGAGCCCUGUUCUAGAACCCACCCUGAAUCUGCACUACAGCCUAGGCCUAGAACCCAGGCUGGCUCUGAGGCUAGACCCAGUUCUAGAGCCCAGGGUAGUUCGGAAGCCCACGCCAGGCCGGAGACCAAGCCCGCUUCUAGAACACAUACAGGCCGUGAGGGUGAGCUUGGUUCUAGAACUCAGGCCCACCCAGAUGGGAAGCCUGGCUCUGGAGCCCAGCCAGGGCUGAGGUCCAGCCCCCGUGCUGGAGCCCAGGUCAUGGCUGACCCUCAGCCAGCCUCCAGAGUCCAGCCAGGUCCUGCCCCGCAGCCACACUCCAGACCCCAGAGGGACGUUAAGGCGCCGCUAGGCCCAGAGCGCCAUCCCAGCUCUGACACGGUCUCCACCAGGGCCCAGCCCUCUCCAGCCGUCUGGAGUGGCUCGGGAGGACCAGCUGACGGGCCCCAGGCCAGGUCCACUAGCCAGCCCUCCUUCGUACCCCGGUCCCGCGCGGGCCACGCUGCCGCAGGCUCCAGACUCAGACCCCAGCCCUGCCCCCCGGCCCUGCCCCCCAGCGCCUCCGGGGACCCUGCACCCCAAGCCGGCCCCGGUGCUGAGCCCGAGCCUGCGGCCCAGCCGAGGGCCGGAAGCCGGCCUGCUGUGGCACCGGGGCCGCACUCCCAGACGCCCUCCGCUUCCGCAGCGAGGCCCGGCUGCGGGAUGUCGCCGGGCGCCCAGCCCUCCUUACCCAGAAGAAGGCAUGCAGGCCCCGGGACACAGGCUGACUCGGGGACCCAGACAGACUUCCACGCCGGGCCCAGCUCCGGAGCCCACGCGGGUCAAGCCUGGCAUGGAGGGUCUCAGCCCCGGCCCCCGGCCGAGGAGGAACCCGGUUCCAGAUCCCCGUCUAGUUCUGAGGGCAGACCGGGUGCGGGCUCCCGGAAGCAGCACCUGAUGCCCGCUGGAGCCAGCUGUGACCCCCAGCUCGACACAGGACGGCGGCUUGGCUCCGGAGCCCACUUGGCCUCUAGAACCCAGUUCGUUCCUCAGGCUCCAGCACGCGCCGAAGCCCAGGCCAGCAGGGCCAGAGCCCAGGCAGGCCCCAGCCCGGAAGGCUGCCUCCUCAGCUCUAGAGACAGAGACGGCCGCCACCCACAGACCCCGGGCCUCGAGCCUAGAACGCAGCCUGACCCCCCGGCGGGACCUGGGUCUCCAAGCCCACCACCCCCAAGAGCCUCCACCCCUGCUCCGAGCAAGUUCCCUGGGCCUAGGCCUCAAGAUGGAAGCCAGGCCACAGCCCGCCCCGGGCCAGGUCCCCCAGCCUCCCACCUGGGCCCCAGGUCACAAGUCCCCGCCACCCCCCAGAAGCCAGACCUUUCACCCAAGCCCCAGCUGGGACCCCGGAAGUCCAUGCCCCCCACCAUAAGGGUCACUCCUAGCCCCUCCCCUGGGCCCCUCCCGCACCAGGGGUAGCUGUCUUGUCCCCUGGGCUCUGGUGACUAUUGCCACCACUGGCCUGGUGACCCCGUCCCAGCAGGAGGGUAAGAUGGUGGAAACUGAGACUUGGGUUUCGGGAGCCUGGCUGAGAACCCCGAGUAAGAGGAUCCGGCCGCGGGGACCUCGGCAGUGAAUAAAGGAGCCCUGAGUUCCCACA